AUGUCAGUUGAAGAGUCUUGGACCGCCCCCAUCAAGGAAGAAUCCGGCGAUUCUCAACCGCUGGUCAACCGAGGUGGCUUCGAUUCGCAUACCGGAAUUUAUUCUUCACUUUUUCCACUUAGUGACCAUCUCAAAGUUCCUAGUGAUCCUGACCUUGGCAUUGCCUCGUUUGUGCUAUCACAAUUUCCUCAUCCUCAAGUUGGUGAAUCAAAAGUUGCACUCAUUGACUCAGCUACAAACCAGCAACUCACAUACGCUCAACUCCAUCGAUCAAUUCAAUCGCUUGCCUGUGGCCUUCACCACCUCGGAGUCCGCAAAGGUGAUGUUGUGUUCCUUUUGUCCCCAAACUCACUCUUGUACCCAACGAUAUGUCUUGCAAUAUUUUCACUUGGUGCAAUACUCUCACCUGCCAAUCCAAUCAAUACCCCCUCGGAAAUAGCUAAACAGGUACUUGACUCGGGAGCUAAGCUUGCGAUCUCAGCCCCCGAGGAGUUACAUAAGCUGCUACAAACUGGGGUGCCUACGAUUAUCACGUCUCGUCAGUCAGAUGAGGAUUCGUUAUCUAUCGAAGAACUGACUGAGUGCUGCGAUCCACGUGAAUUACCGGAAAUUAAGGUUAAACAGUCAGAUACGGCUGCUAUAUUGUACUCUUCGGGUACUACGGGAACAAGCAAGGGUGUGAUUUUAACGCAUUCGAAUUUCAUAACAACGACUAGACUUGUGAGAUGGUAUGCAGAAGCAACAUCAUCCCAAAAUGACAUAUUUUUGGGGUUUAUACCCAUCUUUCACAUAUAUGGGCUUGCAUUUUUCGGGUUAGGACUUUUAACUGCUGGUAUCACCACUGUGUUAAUGCCAAGAUUCGAUAUACAGGCAAUGUUGGAUGCAAUUCAGACUCAUAAAGUUAACAACAUUCCUGCUGUGCCCCCUGUGAUACUUGGCCUGGUAAAGUACUGCAAAGGUAAUAGCAAAUUGUCAACAUUGAGGAGGGUUGGUUCAGGGGCUGCACCCUUGAGCAAGGAAUUGACAGACGCAUUCAGGGAACAGUUUCCCUGGGUGGAGCUGAGGCAAGGCUACGGGCUAACCGAAACCUGCGGCGCCACCUCCGGUUUCGUGUCUCACGAGGACGCUAAAGCUCACCCAGGGUCAUGCGGAAUGCUGCUGCCAAGCUGUUGUGCUAAGGUGGUUGAUACUGAAACAGGGUUGGCUUUGCCACCUUACGGGAAAGGAGAGCUGUGGCUAAACGGUCCUACAACUAUGACAGGGUAUUUGGGAAACAAGGAAGCAACGGCUGCAACAAUAGAUAAAGAUGGGUGGCUUAAAACAGGGGAUCUUGGCUACUUUGAUGAGGAUGGAUUUCUUUAUAUUGUUGAUAGGAUAAAGGAGCUUAUCAAGUAUAACGGGUAUCAGGUGGCUCCAGCAGAACUGGAAGCAGUGCUUUUAGGCCAUCCCGAUAUUGUGGACGCUGCAGUUAUACCGGUUGAUGAUGAGGAAUCAGGGCAGAUGCCAAUGGCAUAUGUGGUGAAGGCAACUGCUUCCCAACUCACUGAGGACCAAGUCAUCCAAUUUGUAGCUGCUCAGGUGGCUCCAUACAAGAAAGUAAGAAGAGUGGAAUUCAUACAUGCCAUCCCAAAGUCAGCAGCCGGCAAAAUCUUGAGGAAGGAGCUCAUCCUACAAAGCCGACGGCAAAUUCCCUCCAAAUUGUAA